AUGGUAGACAUUGCAUUAAAUAUCGCGGAUGAAUAUAUCCUUGAUGGCAUUUACGCUCGCUUUUAUCCAAUUUCAAUUACAGAUAAUAGUACUACAACAAUUUUGCAGAGUUCACUUCCACAAUUAAUGAAACAUCCUAAAUUUUUGAAAAAUCAAAUACGUAAAGAAAUAACACUUUCUGUUACAGGAUUUCCACUCACUAGUUUAGUAACUGUUCCUUGGUUUCUUGGGGAAGUUCGAGGAUAUUCAAAACUAUAUGAUGAUAUUAAUGAUUACGGAUUUUUGUAUGGAAUAUUUUCAAUUAUACUAUAUUUAUUCUUUACCGAUAUGUGUAUUUAUUGGAUUCAUCGAUGGCUACACCAUCCGUUAAUUUAUAAAAAUUUGCAUAAGCCUCAUCACCGUUGGAUUAUUCCUACACCGUAUUCAUCUCAUGCCUUCCAUCCACUAGACGGAUAUGUGCAAUCAUGCGAAUAUUUAUCAUCCGGAUCAUUUAUCAAUGGUGCGGCGCAUCAUUCACUUCACCAUUUGUAUUUUAAUUAUAAUUAUGGUCAAUAUUUUACAUUAUGGGACAAAAUUUGUGGAAGCCAUCGAUUUCCAAGUGAAGAACAAUUUGAUCCUAAUAAGAAACGGGAUCAGAAAGUUUGGAUUAAACAAGCGAUGGAAGUUGAUAAAUUUGAUGAGAAUGGAAAAGAAAAAGAGGAAUGA